AUGCCAAGAAACCCCUCCAUCACCUUUACACUCCACUUGAUUCUCGUCCACCACUGUGCCAUGUACGACAACGCUACAAGGGCGCAAGCCCUUACGCUUAAGGCUAUGAAUGUUCCUUCUGACCAAAUUACUGCCAUCACUGGCAUGUUAGAGCGCACGAUUCGGGACGUUUGGAAGAGGGCCAUAGAUCGCGGCUGGAACCCCCAACAAUCGCUCAAAGUUCUUGACAUAUACGUGCAAGAUGCACCUCGCUCUGGCCGGCCGACUGUACAA